AAUCAGCGGCGUAUAAAAAGCUUCGUGCUCUAAUCUAUAUAUUGCGUCUGCUGAAUCGCAUUGUCAUCCACAAUGUCGCUGUCUGUCAAGUGACAGUGCGGACUUCUCCAUGCCCAAGUGCCAAGUCGAUCUGUCUUUUCGGAAUUUUACAGCUGUCACAGUUCUGGAAGAGACAGGGAUGAGUUUGAUGAUUCACGUCCCAGCGGUGCUAGUACUCAUACUGUGCGUGUGCGUGGUUCCAGUGGCGGGAGAUUUGGAAAAGGUCUGCACCACGGAAGACAGACGAGAGGGCGCGCCGAUCGGCGGGAUCUGCGGAGAACGAAUCAGCGAAGUGCUCAGCUUAACCUGCAACAUGAUGGGACGAAAACGUCGCUCUGGUGGAUACCAAAAUAUUGACAAUGACAGCCACUCGUCCAUUGCCAGAGAUCUUCGUUUGAAGAAGUCUGUAGCCCUGUCGUAUAUCAUGAAGAGAAAGACAGCGUUCGGGACGCAGGGAAUCACGUGCGAGUGUUGCUACAACAGGUGCACGUUUGUCGAGUUGGCACAAUACUGCUGAUAACGUCACUACCAUGACAGCAGCAGCAGCAGCAACAGCAACAUAACAAUAUCGCCGAAUCGUUGUCAUAUCAGACUGUGCCUUAUCAAAACAUUUGAACAGGUUUUAUGGAUUAGUGUUAAAAUCGAAUCACUAUGUAGCAAGGCAAACACAAAUUUUAAAAAUAAAUAAAUGUUAAUUUUUAAGGUGUCUGA